UUUUCAAUAGGUUUUCGUAUUUUAUUUAUAUCGUAUAGCGUAAUAGAGUAUAUACAAUUACCGGAAGAAAUUUAUUAGUCAGAUUUAUAUUUUUAAUUUAAAUUUCUAUACGCUUUUCUAUAUAAUGGUAGAAAUGUGCUUUCAAUUUUUGUCAUUCAAAGAAAUAAGCUGUUGAACAUGAAUUACCUAGUAAAGUGUUUCAAAAUUUUACUGCUGAUCAUUCUACAUAUUAUAGAAAACGUCUGGUCAUCCCCUGAAUUAUACAUCUCUAACAAUGCACCAUCAAUGCUGGAUUCCAAUAUUACAUUUACUGCAAUCUUACUUAAUUAUGAACCUAAGAAUCAGUUAACAUAUGUAUUUGAUGAUGGCACUUUGAAGAAGGAAUUGAAAACUAGAAGUCAUAAUGUGAGCUUGAAUAGAUCAUUUCCAUCAAGUCUUUAUAAGGCAGAUUUUUAUUCCAUGAAUGUGAGUGUUUUGAUUGAUAACCUUUUCUAUGACAAGACCAUAGCAUCAAAUUUUAGCAGAUUCGAACUUAAAAAGGAUUUAAUUGGUGAAAUCUCUGUGUUCCGCAGUGGUCAAUCUUCAGUUGAUGUUGAUGAAGUUGCUGUGGGUGAAAAUGUUUCUCUGGUAGUGAAUCUCGUUGACCACAGCAACUUCCUACAAAAAGCUGCUAUUGAUUAUAGUUGGAGUAUUGAUUUUGAAAAACAUCAAACUUUAGAUAAUAUUCUGAUAUAUAACUUUACUGAAGUUGGUUCUAAGGAUAUAAAAGCUUUUGUAACAGCAGUUUUUCCAAAUAAUGAUUUUAGAUAUGGAUUUUUUGAGAGAACAAUAACUGCUAAAGAUCCAGUCACAUAUGUUAAUAUAUCUGGAAAUCCUUUCCUAUAUCAUGGAGAUAAACUCAAUCUUAAUGUUACUUGCAAUGGAUCGCCACCAUAUCAGUACUGUUUUCAAGUUUUAAAGAGAAAUGCUUCUUCUACAAAUUUCACUUGCAUGAAUCCAUCAACAUUUACAACCUGCCAUAUGGAAAUUAUCAAAUAUUUUCAAAAUGAUGGAAUGUAUCAAAUAGGCAUAUAUGUAAGCAAUGAUGUUCAAGCAAUAACUAGAGUAAUUGAAGUUAUGGUAUACAGUGUUUCUAUCAAACCAACCUUAUCUACCAUCAUCAUUCCGAUUGUAUGCAGCCUCCUAACUCUUAUAAUCAUUGCUUUUGGAAUUAGCUACUAUGUGCAGCAUAGAAACCAGUUAGCUGUUGAAGUGGCAAAUUUUGACUUCCAAGAUGAUUCAAAUUCAUACACAGAAAAGACUUUCUUUGAAAACUUCUUUGAUUCUUUUGCUUGUAGAAGUUGCACCUGCUCUCGAUUGUCAUGUGACAAUCAAAGUGAAGCUGAGCCCUUGAUGUGAAUGAACGUUAAUGUCUUUUUACAUGUAUUUGCAUCAAAUACUAGUUUACUGUGGUUUCUAAUACUCUUAAAAAUCUUUUGUUUUUUACCUAUAAAGUGGGUAAUAACAAAUGAAUACGCUCUGUGAUAUUUCAAGAAGUUUUAGUUUUUUUUUUUUUUUUUUUUAUAUAUAGCCUGAAUUACAAAAGAGAAAAUACUUGUAAUAGUUUUGGUUUUUGUAUUGUAAAUAAAUUAUUUAUGUUUUA